GAGGGUUCGAAUCUGCAACCACCGGUUUCGAGGCGCCGCUCUCAACCAAUUGAGCUAUUCGUGCAUUGCAGCCAUGUCGUGGUCUUUUCUUCUCUAAGUAUAUAUCCCCUGGUAUUGCGCAAUGCCCGAACGCACGCCGCGCUACAUUGUCUCUGGUGACGAUAAUGUCGAAACGGUGAUACGACGAAAUUCAGUUCCUUUUCCGCAGAAUCAUGCAUUUGUCAAGAAAGAGUGAUGCAAGUACUUGCUUGAAAAUAUUCUUAAGACAUUUCAACGAUUCAUUUUGAUUCUAGACCCGUGUAUGAAUGGAGGAACUCGAACGGUCCAAGACGGUGUUUAUCGAUGCGUGUGUCCGGAGAGAUAUGGAGGUGAAUUCUGCCAAGCUUGUAAGUCAUUUACAGCAAAAUCUCAUCUAUUGAUUGUCACUCAUGUUCGUGUCAUCCAAGGGAAAUCCCGAUUUUCGUUCAGGAUGCGAGGAGGGCCGACUAUCUUGUCGCUAAUUGCGCGACCAAGUCUGACCAACGAAUUACAGCAUUAUUAUUACGGAUUUUGCAGAGGUGAUCCUGGACAUUUCUUUGCUACGUUAUUCAUGAUAAAGUCGGGUAUCGUCAUUGCGUACUCUAGAUCACGUGAUAUCAACGUGCAUUGUGAUACAUCAGGAUUUGAUUCUUACUGGAUCGAAUUUAAUAAAGAUGGCGUCUUUCAGCUGGGUGUCAGUGGGGACCCGACCCCUAUUGCGGAGAUACUUGGAAGAGAAAACGAGGUCUUAAAGAAAAUCGGUAUAUUGCCAGAAACUGAUCUUGGCACAGAAUGGAUGAUUGAUCUCCCUUGUAGGGGUUCUUAAGGCUCUGAUCCUUUACGAAAUUUUGAAAAUUCUCUGAUUUAGUUCUCUCUCAAACUAGAAGAUAUAAUACAUACUGUACUUUCAAUAACAUGCAUGUUCUCAAUACAAUAGACAAUUUUAUACAACACUAUUUCACUGUUUUAUCCGCAUUCUACUUGCUCACAGAAUAAUUUGAAUGGUCCGAAAUUCAUCAUGAAAUAUAAGAACUGCAAGAGCAACAUCAACAGAGAAUAACUGUUUAAGAAAUACAUAAUUUCUUAUAGUCAAAUCAAAUUCCUUCGAUUUUAUUAUUUGUUUUUUUUUAAACGUAUCGAUGAAUUGCUUUCUCUUUUUGAUAUUUUACAUGUGUAUAUUGCAUUUACCUUACCUUUGGUGUGAAACCAAAGACAUUUGCCUUUCUUUACGAAAUUAUAAAGAAAUAUUUUAGAAUAAUGUAAAUACACUCUGUGCUUGUUACUUGAAUUAUGGCGAUACUUUUCAAGUGUUGCUUUUAAAUGGACCUCUCCAUUUCCUCAGCUUUAAAUUUUCACCAAAAAAAGAGAUAUAAAAGAAUUACAAAUUCAUCAAACUUGUUUCCGAUCAUCUCACGAAAUGAUUUUUAUUGUA